UCGCUUCUUCCACCAAAAAUUUCAAAGGAUUUUGAACAAAAGUGAGUGAGAGAGAAUGAAGGGCCCAACUGGGAAUGCCAUGGUUCUGCCUUUGCUUCCUGCCUCUAUAUAUACCCUCUAGUCUUCUUCACCAUUCAUUCAUUCCUUACUUCUCAAUGGCUUCUGCUCUCUGGACUCUCUCUCUCAUUUUGGCUUCGCUCUCCUCCGCCGCCCUCGGCGGUGUCCCUAGGAGGCCCGUUGACGUCCCCUUUGGCCGCAACUACAACCCUACCUGGGCUUUUGAUCACAUCAAGUACCUCAAUGGAGGUUCCGAGGUUCAACUUUAUCUCGAUAAGUACACUGGCACUGGCUUCCAGUCCAAAGGAUCCUACUUGUUUGGACACUUCAGCAUGUUUAUCAAGAUGGUUCCUGGGGAUUCUGCGGGCACUGUCACUGCUUUCUAUCUGUCUUCCCAAAACUCCGAGCACGAUGAAAUAGACUUUGAGUUCUUGGGUAACAGAACAGGCCAGCCGUACAUUUUGCAAACGAACGUGUUCACCGGCGGCCAGGGUAACAGAGAACAGAGAAUCUACCUCUGGUUUGAUCCCUCCAAAGAAUACCACAGAUACUCUGUUCUCUGGAACAUGUAUCAGAUAGUGUUCUUCGUAGAUGAUGUGCCAAUCAGGGUAUUCAAGAACAGCCAUGACUUGCGAGUGAAAUACCCCUUUAACCAACCCAUGAAGAUAUACAACAGCCUGUGGAAUGCAGACGACUGGGCCACAAGGGGUGGGUUGGAGAAGACGGACUGGUCCAAAGCUCCGUUCAUAGCCACCUACAAGGGCUUCCACAUCGACGGGUGCGAGGCCUCCGUGGAGGCCAAGUUCUGUGCCUCUCAGGGCAAACGAUGGUGGGAUCAGGCCGAGUUCCGCGACCUCGACGCCGCUCAAUGGCGACGGCUUAGGUGGGUUCGCAGCAAAUACACCAUUUACAACUACUGCACCGAUCGCAAGCGUUACCCACAAGUCCCUCCGGAAUGCGCCAGAGACCGCGACAUUUAAAUUCAAACUCCAACAUCAUCUAUUCCUAGUACCACAUUACAUUCUUAUUUACAACAAGUCUCAUAAGGGACAGGUUCUUCCCGUGUCGGUCAUGGAUAUAUAAUUAUUUAUGUCACAGUAUAUUUGUUCCGAGGGAUCGGUGGUUGAGAACAGAGGCCUAGGAGCCUCUGGCUUCGGGUAUCUCAACACUGAACUGUGUGUAUGCGUGUAAGUGUGAAACUACCUCCGGUGAAUUAUUCUUAAUCGAUACAGUAGUGCUACCUUUUACUUGGA